AUGUACGGGAGGGAUCCAUGGGGUGGGCCGUUGGAGAUAAACACCACUGACUCGGCGACGGACGAUGAUCGGAGCAGGAACCUGAACGAGUUCGAUAGGGCGGCAUUGUCACGGCCGUUGGAUGAGACGCAGCAGAGUUGGCUGUUGGGUCCCGGAGAAGAAAGGAAAAAGAAGUAUGUGGAUCUUGGUUGUAUCAGUGUCAGCCGUAAGAUCUUCGUCUGGACGGUUGGAUUGAUACUCGCAGGUGGUAUCAUCGCCGGAUUAAUCGCAUUGAUCGUCAAGAUUGUUCCUAAGCAUCACAAACACGCCCCUCCCGCUGAUAAUUACACUCUUGCACUUGAAAAGGCUCUCAUGUUCUUCAAUGCCCAGAAAUCUGGAAGACUUCCAAAGCAUAAUAAUGUAUCGUGGAGGGGUAGCUCGUGUUUAAAUGAUGGGAAGUCGGACAAAUCUGGGGCGGUGCUAAAAGAUCUUGUGGGCGGGUAUUAUGAUGCUGGAGAUACGAUAAAGUUCCAUUUCCCAAAGGCUUUUGCGAUGACCAUGUUGAGUUGGAGUGUGAUUGAAUACAGUGCAAAAUAUGAAGCUGCAGGAGAGCUCAAACAUGUUAAAGAGAUCAUUAAAUGGGGCACUGAUUACUUUCUCAAGACCUUCAAUUCUACUGCUGAUACCAUAAACCAAGUUGUAGCUCAGGUUGGGAAAGGUGAUACAUCAGGGGGGACAAGUGAUCCUAACGAUCAUACUUGUUGGAUGCGGCCAGAGGACAUUGAUUACCCACGGCCCGUGACUGAAUGCUCCAGUUGCUCCGACCUUGCUGCAGAGUUGGCCGCUGCUCUAGCGUCUGCAUCCAUUGUUUUCAAGGACAAUAAGCUCUACUCAAAGAAACUUGUGCAUGGUGCUGCAACUCUUUGGAAGUUUGCUAGGGAUCAGCGUGGUUCUUAUUCUGCUGCUGGUGCAGAUGCUGCAACGUUCUACAAUUCCAGUAUGUAUUGGGAUGAGUUUGUUUGGGGUGGAGCUUGGAUGUAUUACGCAACUGGCAAUCAAUCCUAUCUUUACCUUGCUAGCCACCCCAAACUCGCUAAGCAUGCUGGUGCUUUUUGGGGAGGACCCGAUUAUGGUGUUCUUAGUUGGGAUAACAAGCUUACUGGAGCUCAAGUACUUCUGACUAGAUUGAGAUUGUUUCUGAGCCCUGGUUAUCCAUACGAAGAAACCUUGAAGACGUUUCACAACCAAACAAGCAUAAUCAUGUGUUCUUACCUUCCAUACUUCAGCAGUUUUAACAGAACAAGAGGAGGCUUGAUUCAAUUAAACCAUGGGAGACCGCAGCCUCUUCAGUAUGUGGUCAAUGCUGCCUUCUUAGCUACCCUCUAUAGCGACUAUCUUGAUGCUGCCGAUACUCCUGGAUGGUACUGUGGGCCCAAUUUCUACUCGACCAAUGAGCUACGUAAAUUUGCACAAACUCAGAUUGACUAUAUCCUUGGGAAGAACCCGAGAAAGAUGAGUUAUGUUGUGGGUUUCGGCGAUCACUACCCAAAGCACGUGCACCAUAGAGGUGCAUCGAUCCCCAAGAACAAAGUGAAAUAUAACUGUAAAGGAGGAUAUAAAUGGAGGGACUCCAAGAAACCGAACCCCCACACAAUCAUUGGGGCAAUGGUUGCAGGGCCAGACAAAAACGAUGGUUUCCAUGAUGUACGUACAAACUACAAUUACACAGAGCCAACUAUUGCAGGCAAUGCUGGUUUAGUUGCGGCCCUGGUGGCCCUCUCGGGUGACAGAACAACUAAGAUCGAUAAAAACACUAUUUUUUCGGCAGUGCCGCCAAUGUUUCCAACUCCACCACCACCACCCGCUCCCUGGAAACCUUGAGAUUUUGGAUGGAUUAUAUAGUUUUUCUGGGAGACAACAGUUCGGAAAGAUUUCGAUACUUGCUGGUGAUUCUUUUUAUGCUAACAAGCAGAAAGGUAAAUGAUUGAUGGAAGAAGAAGCUCUGGAGGCAAUUGGAAUGGGACCUGUGAUUAUAUUAUAUAUACAUCAUCUAUACGUACAUUCCGUAUGUAAACCAAAACAAUUGAUAUAUUUUUUGAACCGCUU